AUGAAAGAGCAGUUGUCUUCCGCGGUCCCCCCAGACUCCGUGCAGAGCGACAGGACAGCAGGAGGUCCGAGCGAUCUUGAAGUGGGUUCUCAAGGCACUAACCAGUCCGCCGUUUCCGUCCCUAAAGCCCAGGUCACAUCCACGACGUUGGACGUCGCUGCCCCAUCUACCGUGCCUUCCUCAACUUCAGAACCGGCAAGUAUUUCGCGAAGGGAACUGGGAGAUGAUCCAGAUGUCUUGGUUUCUCCUCAUCUGCGAACCAUCACCCAAUCCGUUGGAGUUCCCGUUAGUAGUAGCACCAGUAGUGGUCACGUCGAGGCCUGA